CGCUGAGUGCGGCCUUCACGGCCUGAAAGGAUGCAGCUGCGGAGGUGGGACAAAAGCUUUGUGCAGUUCAAGGACUCUGGUGGAUGAUGUUUUAUGUGCGGUAGACGGUUAGCUUGAAGAGCCUGUUUUGGUGGUAUGAGAGAAAUAUUUCAGUUGUCCGAGCAGCGCUGCCUUUAAUUCAGUGUCCGAGAGAUUAACUGCUGAAGAAAUCUGCUCAGAGGCUAAAAACACGAUCGUACAGUAUGAAGAGGAGAUCAGACUGCCAGCUAUCAGCCGAAGACUCGGGAUAAAGCCACAGAUAACAGACCUCUAAUAGCAGCAUGAAGUGUAAGGAGGAGGAAGGUCUGGAUGACCAGCAGGUCUGGAUCCAGCAGGAAAACUCCAGUCUGGACCAGGAGGACCCAGAGGCCCCACGGAUAAAAGAGGAACAGGAAGAAAUCUCCACCAAUCAGGGAGAGAGAGAGCAGCUUAAACUGAAGGAGGAGGCCGAAAGUGAGGAUGAACAACUCAAACUCAGUGAUGAUAUGUGGAAACCUGAAAUAAACUUACACAGCACAGAUUUUCCAUAUCAACAUGUCUGUAAGGAUGAAGAGGAUUUCACAGACCAGCAGGUGGAUAACAAGGAGAAGAGCCACAUUAUGAACCAGGAGGAUCCAGGGACUCUGCAGAUUAAAGAAGAACACGAGGAACUCUACACCAGCAAGGAGGGAGAGCAGCUCGUACUGAAGCAGGAGACUGAAACCUUUCUUGUAACUCUUGGUUAUGAUGAAGCUGACCACAGUGAUUCAGAGCCACACAGUGAUCAGCUCCUUUCUCACAGCUCUCCUGAACCAGAGAGUCAAGAUCAGGAAAAAAGUAAGCACAUCAACUCAGAAUCAACUCGAUAUGCGGAGCUGAAUAAGAAGACAUAUGACACGAAUAACAGAAACAGAGUGGAAAAUUCUCCAUUGUCAGAGACUCAGUGUAAAUCUGAGAUAAGUAAAAAGUCUGCAAAAUGUGAGAUUUGUGGAAAAACCUUUCAUGAUAAAUCCAACCUAACGAGACAUCUGAGAUCACACACAGGUGAGAAACCUUAUUCUUGUACCACCUGCGGGAAAGGAUUCAGUAGGAAAUCAGGAUUGGAGACUCACAUAAGAAUCCACACAGAUGAGAAGCCAUAUUGUUGUAACACUUGUGGAAAAAGAUGUAGUCAGAUGAUACAUUUGAAAAAUCACAUUAGAAUCCACACAGGUGAGAAACCAUAUUCUUGUAAUACCUGCGGGAAAAGUUUCAGUCAGCUAAUUAACCUUAAAACUCACAUGAGAAUUCACACAGGUGAGAAGCCAUAUUCUUGUAGCAUCUGUGGAAAAGAGUUUUGUGCUUUGUCAGCAUUCAACAGACAUAUGCGAAUUCACACAGAUGAUAAGCCACAUUGUUGUAGCACCUGUGGGAAAAGAUUUAGAGACCAAUCGACAUUCAAAAAACACAUGACAAUUCAUACAGGUGAGAAGCCUUAUUCUUGCAUCACCUGUGGAAAAAGAUUUGGUCAUAAACCAACAAUGGAAAGACAUCAGAGAAGUCACACAGGUGAGAAACGACAUUCUUGUAGUACCUGUGGAAAAGGAUUCAGUCAGAUGAUAAACUUGAAAAUUCAUAUGAGAAUUCACACAGGUGAGAAGCCACAUUGUUGUAGCACCUGUGGGAAAAGAUUCAUUCAGAUGAUACACUUGAAAAGACACAUGAGAUUUCACACAAGUUGAAAAUUUCACAUAAAAUGUGGAAUAGCUGUUAGUUGUAAAAGUGGGUUUAUAGCAGGACCAAUACAGGCAAGCAGGCAAAUUACUCAAAAGGUUGAUUCUGUUCAUCUGGACGUAGCGUUUUCAGUGGAAGAAACCAUCUGUCACUCAUCACUACUCAUCAGAGAGUAAAAUGAGAAUUUUUAAAAAUGAGGAUGAGAGGAGAUAUUUAUCUCAUAUUUGGAAAGUUCUUCUGCA